AUGGCUCAGCUCCUGAACAGCAUACUCACUGUGAUCAAGGUGUUCCAGAAAUAUGCCAAAGAGAAUGGGAAAUGUACCGUGCUUUGCAAGAAGGAGUUGAAGCAGCUGCUCUUGGCUGAGUUUGGAGAUAUCCUCCAGAGACCAAAUGACCCAGACACAGUGGAAACCAUCCUGAGCCUCUUGGAUAAAGACAGAAAUGGACAUGUUGAUUUUCAUGAAUAUCUCUUGUUGGUGUUCCAAUUGGCUCAAGCUUGCUAUCAUAAACUGGAUAGUAAGUCAUGUGGAGAUAGAAUCUCCCAGCAAGAAGUGGAGCAGGAGGGAACACAAGACCAUAGGUUUCCAGAAAAUACAGGCAGGCAACCCAGGCAGAGGCAUGAGGGAGAAAAGCAGGAUAGGGACUCCCACUAUGGUCAGACUGAGAGACAGGAUAGGGACUCCCACUAUGGUCAGACUGAGAGACAGGAUAGGAACUCCCACUAUGGUCAGACUGAGAGACAGGAUAGGGACUCCCACUGUGGUCAGUCUGAGAGACAGGAUAGGGACUCCCACUAUGGUCAGUCGGAGAGACAGGAUAGGGACUCCUGCAAUAGUCAGUCUGAGAGACAGGAUAGGGACUCCAGCUAUGGUCAAAGAUGGAGACAUAAAUCUAGCAGUAGCCAGCCUAAAAGACAAGGAUAUAUUUUUGCCUUAAGUCAGUAUGACAAACAAGUUCACAAUUCUCGUUAUGGCCAGAAAAACCAACAGCAAUCAGGCUCUUAUCAUGGACAGUCUCAGAGGCUGGAUCAGGAAUCAGACUAUGGUCAGAGAGAUAGACAAGAAUUGUACUUUCAAUAUGGCCAGACAGACAGACAAGACCAGCGUUCUCACUCUGGCCAGAGAGACAGACAAGGCCAGAGUUCUCACUAUGGCCAGGCAGACAGACAAGGCCAGAAUUCUCACUAUGGCCAGACAGACAGACAAGGCCAGAGUUCUCACUAUGGCCAGACAGACAGACAAGGCCAGAGUUCUCACUAUGGCCAGGCAGACAGACAAGGCCAGAGUUCUCAGUGUAGCCAGACAGACAGACAAGGCCGGGAUUUCCAUUAUGGCCAGGCAGACAGACAAGACCAGAGUUCUCACAAAGACCAGACAGACAGACAAGGCCAGAGUUCUCACUAUGGCCGGACAGACAGACAAGGCCAGAGUUCUCAGUGUCGUCAGGCAGACAGACAAGGCCAGAGUUUCCAAUAUGGCCAGAGAGACAGACAUGCCCUAGGUUUUCAGUGUAGCCAGACAGACAGACCAGGCCAGAGUUCUCACUAUGACCAGACAGAUGGACAAGGCCAGAGUUCUCACUAUGGCCAGAUAGAUAGACAAGACCAGAGUUCCCACUAUGGUCAGACAGACAGACAAGGCCAGAAUUCUCCCUAUGGUCAGACAGAGAGACAAGGCCUAGGUUCUCAGUGCAGUCAGAUAGAUAGACAAGGUCAGAGUUCCCACUAUGGUCAGACAGACAGACAAGGCCAGAGUUGCCGUUAUGGCCAGACAGAGAGACAAGACCUCAGCUCUCACUAUGGUCAGGUGGACAGACAAGACCAAGGUUAUCAUUAUAGCCAGUCAGAUAGACAAGGCCUGAGCUCUUGUUAUGGCUGGACAGACAGACAAGGCCAGGGUUAUCAUUAUGGUCAGAUAGACAGACAAAGCCUGAGCUCUCACUAUGGUCAGUCAGCAAUUGGGGUAACAGGGCAAAAUAGUUACCUCCAAGGCAGUGAGGGAACAACCAGAGACUCUUAUGUUGAGCAAUCAGGAAGGUCAGGGAGACUAAGUCAAAAGAUUCAAGGACAGGAAGUAAUUCAAAAUCAAGGGCAGAGAUUCCAGUCUAGGGAAGGCCAACAGAACAGCCAUCAGGCAUGGGAGCCUGAGGAGGAUAGCCAACAUGACCAACACAAACUCAUAGCAGAAAUCCAGCAAGAAAAAUCACGCAAUUACAAAGUGGGUGACUUGCAGUCAGUUUGUGGCGAGCAGGACCACAGACAGUCCCAGGCCAGGCAAAGUCAUGGAGAGGGGCAGAGCCACCAGGCAGAGGAAGAGCAGGGCCACCAAACCUGGGGCAGACAUGGUUGUGAGAGUCAAGAAACUCCAUGGGAGAUGCAGGCCAGGCAAACCCAUGAAGAAAAACAAAACCAUCGGAGACAAGACAGGCAAACCCAUCAUGAUGAGCAGAGCCAUAAGAGAUGGGACAGGCAAACCUAUGAAGAUGAGCAGACCUGCCAGCGACAAAAGAGGCAAACCCAUGAAGAUGAACAGACCCGUCAGCGACGAGACAGGCAAACCCAUGAAGAGAGUCAAAACUGUCAGCAACAAUUGGAUAGGCAAACCCUUGAGGAGGAAGAAAGAUAUCAAGGAUCCCAGGAUCAACAAUCUUGUGAGAACCAGCAAGGCUGUGCUAAUAGAGAAAAAUUCCACAUGAAUGAGAAUAGUCAGAGGCAAGGUUCCCAGGGAAGACGCAGUAACCUGACCUUCCAUCCCAGCCAGACUGGUGGGAGGCCCCCAAGGAGAGAACAAGAUAGAAGUCACCCUACCAAAGCAGCUCCUACUCCCAAUCCCCUCUAUGACUAUGUACAAGAGCAGAAAAGGAAUCAGCACUAGGCUGUGCACA